AUGUCUCCACAGCACAGCGGUCAUGGGACUAAAGAUUCCUCCUGGUGCUUGACGAAUCUAAACAAGGGUUUGAAAGCGAUGCAAGGCGUUGAAGGCGAUGAUCAUCAAUGGCUAGGUACUUACCAUGGAAUUCAUGGCCUGCAACUUGCAGGAGAGGAGGAGAAAAGGAGAAAUUUGACAGCAUGGAGAGGCAUCGUGUUCUAA